ACGCGGAGCCGCUGAGCCGCGAGGACGCCCGGCUGGAGCUGCCCUCUGCACCCGAGCCAAAGCUCCCUGCCUUUUGCCGCGGCGCUGGGCGGGCGCCCCCGCCUCCCUCGCUCAGCUCCCGCACGUCCGGGAGCUCAGCCGCCGCCCGGUGCUGCGGGGCCGGCGCGAUGCGGCAGCUGUGCCGGGGCCGCGUGCUGGGCAUCUCGGUGGCCAUCGCGCACGGUGUAUUCUCGGGCUCCCUCAACAUCCUGCUCAAGUUCCUCAUCAGCCGCUACCAGUUCUCCUUCCUGACCCUGGUGCAGUGCCUGACCAGCUCCACAGCGGCGCUGAGCCUGGAGCUGCUGCGGCGCCUUGGGCUCAUCGCUGUGCCCCCCUUCGGCCUGAGCCUGGCGCGCUCCUUCGCGGGGGUCGCAGUGCUCUCCACACUGCAGUCGAGUCUUACGCUCUGGUCCCUGCGCGGUCUCAGCUUGCCCAUGUACGUGGUCUUCAAGCGCUGCCUGCCCCUGGUCACCAUGCUCAUCGGCGUUUUGGUGCUCAAGAACGGCGCACCCUCGCCAGGGGUGCUCACGGCCGUGCUCAUCACCACCUGCGGCGCCGCCCUGGCAGGAGCGGGCGACCUGACGGGAGACCCCAUCGGGUACAUAACGGGUGUGCUAGCGGUGCUAGUGCACGCCGCCUACCUGGUGCUCAUCCAGAAGGCGAGCGCAGACACAGAUCAUGGGCCGCUCACCGCGCAGUAUGUCAUCGCCAUCUCUGCCACACCACUGCUGGUGGUCUGCUCUUUCGCCAGCACUGACUCCAUCCACGCCUGGGCCUUUCCUGGCUGGAAGGACCCCGCCAUGGUCUGCAUCUUCGUGGCCUGCAUACUGAUCGGCUGCGCCAUGAACUUCACCACCCUACACUGCACCUACAUCAACUCAGCCGUGACCACCAGCUUCGUGGGCGUGGUGAAAAGCAUCGCCACCAUCACGGUGGGUAUGGUGGCUUUCAGCGAUGUGGAGCCCACCUCUCUGUUCAUUGCCGGUGUCGUGGUAAACACCCUGGGCUCCAUCAUUUACUGUGUGGCCAAAUUCAUGGAGACCAGAAGGCAAAGCAACUAUGAGGACCUGGAGUCGCAGCCCGAGGGAGAGGAAACGCAGCCAAGUGGAGAUCAGCUGCCUUUCGUGAUGGAAGAGCUUCCCGGGGAGGGUGGAAAUGGGGGGACAGAGGGUGGGGAGGAAGCAGGUGGCUCCACUCAGCAGAGUGGACCAGAGUUGAGGGGCAGCCCCCGAGGGGUCCCACUGGUGGCUAGGAGCUCAAAGAUCUCAGACACCUCUGAAGAAGGGAGUAAAAGGUCCUUAAAAGACGCUUACCUGGAAGUGUGGAGGUUAGUUAGGGGAACGAAGUAUAUGAAGAAGGAUUAUUUGAUAGAAAAUGAGGAGUUACCCAGUCCUUGAGAAGGACAUGCACGUAUGUACACAUGUACAUACAGCUAUUUUAUAUGUUAAAAAUAAUAUAUUUUAAUGAGGGGCCUCCCAGCUUUAUUCUUUAAGGAGUGGUUAAGGAAAGCAAAGUUCAAAGGACCUACAGCAACAAAAUUAGCACCUACGUGAAUUAUUUAGCAUGACUGAGGCAUCACAGAGAAAAAAACAUGUGAAGGUGCUUAACAAAGUGAAACAGCACUUUCAGCUUCAAACUCCUGGCACACUUAGUUAUUUAUUUUUGUCUUUAUAACCAUAAC